GGGCGGGCUUAUUCUUUCAGACUUUGGAGAAAUGUUCGAAAGUUGGAAGCGAUGUGGUUGACGGGAAAAGCCCUUUUCCGAGAUUAACAGAACCCAAAUGGAACGUAGUAUUCGAGGGGGAAGUCAACCACUGCAUGACACGCUGCUCGCCCUGCUAUGAAUGCUCGCAAUAAGAACAAACUUUCUGGAUACGACAGUCGGCUUGUUUUUGGUGCAUGGGAAUGAGCCUGCUAUUUUUUUCUUUACUACCGUGAUCAGGGACGUUUAUAUAAAUAUAAAAAAAUCUCACGGAAGAGCACUGCUGGCUGAAGUCUCAUAAUGCGGACGGCUUGAACAUCAACAGGAAACAAUAACAAGUACGACGCUGUUUGGGUUUAUCGGCAGUUUAUUCGCGGACCUCUCGCUUUCUCCGGUCGAAUCACCACGAUUACGUUUAUUUUAUUGGCGAAUAUUGUUACUGCCUCGCCGUUCAAUUUAGGCUUCUGAAAUCAAAUAGAGAUGACGUCUCCAGCAAAAUUUCGAAAAGACAAGGAAAUAAUAGCUGAGUAUGAAACGCAAGUAAAAGAGAUCCGUGCCCAGCUGGUGGAGCAGCUGAAGUGCUUGGACCAGCAGUGCGAGCUGCGGGUGCAGCUCCUCCAGGACCUGCAGGACUUCUUCCGCAAGAAGGCCGAGAUCGAGGUGGAGUACUCGCGCAACCUGGAGAAGCUGGCUGAGCGCUUCAUGGCCAAGACGCGCAGCACCAAGGACCACCAGUUCAAGAAAGAGCAGACCGUCCUGUCACCAGUGACCUGCUGGAACCUGCUGCUGAGCCAGGUGAAGAGGGAGAGCCGGGAUCAUGCUACACUCAGCGACCUCUACCUCAAUAACAUCAUCCCACGCUUUGCACAGGUCAGCGAGGACUCUGGGCGCCUCUUCAAGAAGAGUAAAGAGAUCGGCGUCCAGCUGCAGGAAGACUUGAUCAAGGUCCUCAACGAGCUUUACACGGUAAUGAAGACCUACCACAUGUACAACACGGACAGCAUCAACGCCGAGAGCAAGCUGAAGGAGGCGGAGAAGCAGGAGGAGAAGCAGAUGAGCCGCUCCGUGAAACAGGACGAGCGGCAGACACCUCGCUCCCCUGACGCGCUGGCCACCAUCAAGGCCGAGGAGAAGCACGUUCGCCGCAGCUCCGUCAAGAAGAUCGAGAAGAUGAAGGAGAAGCGCCAAGCCAAAUACACUGAAAACAAGCUGAAAGCCAUCAAGGCCCGCAACGAGUACCUCCUAGCGCUGGAGGCCACCAACUGCUGCGUCUUCAAGUACUACAUCCACGAUCUCUCCGACCUCAUUGACUGCUGUGACCUGGGCUACCAUGCCAGCCUGAACCGGGCUCUCCGCACCUACCUCUCGGCCGAGUUCAACGUGGAGACGUCGAAGCAUGGAGGCCUGGAGGCCAUCGAGAGUGCGGCCGAGAACCUGGAGGCCAACAGUGACAAGCAGCGCCUCAUGGAGACCUACAAUCACGUCUUCUGCCCCCCAGUGCGCUUCGACUUUCAGUCCCAUAUGGGAGACAUGGUGGGACACUUGUGUGCCCAACCUCCCCUGCAGGGGGAGCUACUCCAGAGGUGCCAGCAGCUGCAGUCCCGCCUCUCCACCCUCAGGAUAGAAAACGAAGAGGUGAAGAAGACCAUGGAAGCCACCCUGCAGACCGUCCAGGACAUGGUGAACAUCGAGGACUAUGAUGUCACUGACUGCUUCCACCACAGCAAUUCCAUGGAGUCCGUCAAGUCCACUGUCUCGGAGUCGUUCAUGAGCAAGCCCAGCCUGGCGAAGAGGCGCGCCAACCAGCAGGAAACGGAGCAGUUCUACUUUACGAAGAUGAAGGAGUUCCUGGAGGGGAGAAACCUGAUCACCAAGCUGGAUGCCAAGUAUGACCUGAUUCAGAAGACGCUGGGAGAAAGCCAGAAGACUGAAUGCUGUGUUGCCAGUGGAAGGAGGAACUCCACCGUGCACAAGCAGGAAUCCAACCAAGUCAUUCCACUCAUGGUGGAGAGCUGCAUCCGAUUCAUCAGUCGGCAUGGACUGCAGCACGAGGGCAUCUUCAGAGUAUCCGGGUCGCAGGUGGAGGUCAACGACAUCAAGAACGCUUUCGAGAGGGGCGAAGACCCCCUGGCAGGCGACCAGAACGACCAUGACAUCGACUCCAUCGCCAGCGUGCUGAAGCUGUACUUUCGGGGCCUGGAGAAUGCCCUCUUCCCAAAGGAGGUCUUCCAUGAGCUCAUGUCCUGUGUCUCCAUGGAGAGUCUCCAGGACAGAGCUGUUCACAUCCGGAAGGUUCUGCUGAUGCUUCCUAGCGGCACGCUGGUCGUCAUGAGAUACCUGUUUGCUUUCCUCAGCCACCUGUCCCAGUACAGCGAGGAGAACAUGAUGGACCCAUACAACCUGGCUAUCUGCUUCGGUCCCACUCUCAUGUCUGUCCCCGAGGGCCACGACCAGGUCUCCUGCCAGGCGCACGUCAACGAGCUGAUCAAAACGAUCAUCAUCCACCACGAGGCCAUCUUCCCGGGACCGCGGGAGCUGGAGGGGCCGCUGUACGAUCGUGGAGGGGCCUCUGAGGAGUACUGUGACAGUCCCCAUGGAGAACCCCCCGUGGUGGACGAGCCUGCCCCUGACGCCUCUUCUCAGCUGCAGAACAGCGAUGAUGGCCACUCCCUCGUUUCAGAGUCCGAGCCCGUGGAGGCCAUCGCCCGCUUCGACUACACGGGCCGCACCGACCGAGAGCUCUCCUUCAAGAAGGGCGCCUCCCUGCUGCUCUUCCACCGCGCCUCCAGUGACUGGUGGGCGGGCCGGCACAACGGCAUCGACGGCCUCGUGCCGCACCAAUACGUCGUGGUCCAGGACAUGGAAGACGGCGUCGCCGGGAGAGGAAGCCCAAAAGCCGACGCUGAGUUGGCAGCAGAUGCGAUGCCACUGGAGGAGAAGGUGUCCACCAGGGGGAGCCUGAGCUCACCAACUGGCGGCCACGUGGCUGAUAUAUACCUGGCUAACCUCAACAAGAUGAGGAAGCGACCGGAACCUGGGGGUCUCCGCCGGACGUUCCGGACAACAGAGGGGCUCUCGGAGAGUUGCCAGGCAACCCCUGCAGGCAGCAGGACUGCCUCCCUGCCACUAGGGGGGGCGCUGCGGGAGGGGCCCGACAAGCGGCCCAUCAGUGCACACAGCAGCCUGAACUCCAUCACCCGCCAUUCCUCCCUGAAGACCAAAGCAGAGAGCCCACAGUUCCGCAAGGCGGCCACCGCAGGGCGCUCCAAGAGCUUCAGCAACCACCGGCCACUGGACCCAGAGGUCAUCACACAAGUGGAGCAGAGCUCCCAGGAUAUCGAGGCCACCAUGAAUACAGCGCUGAACGAGCUCCGCGAGCUGGAGCGACAGAGCAGUGCCAAACACGCCCCCGACGUGGUGUUGGACACGCUGGAGCAGCUGAAGGGCAGCCAGGGGGUGCCGGUGCCCACCUCCGAGCCGUCCAGCCCGCUACACUCACGCCUGCUCAAGGAGGCCGACGCUCCCCGGCACCCGCUGCAGCGCAGUGCCAGCUCGGCCAGCGACGUGCCCAGCACCUUCCGCCCGGGCAAGGCUGCCGUCAAGGGCCCCGCCCCCGUCCCAGUGCCCAUCCGUGAGCCCCGCCCUCCUGCGACCCGCCCCAAGCCCGUGGUCUUCCCCAAGACCGCCUCCGGGGGCAGUCCUGCCAUGGGUUCACCCACCACGUCCAUGCCGCCCACGCCCCCGCCCCCACCGCCCCCUGCAGACAAGUCCUGCCCCGUGUGAGCAGCAGCCCCCGGGGGGCACAAGCAGCCAGCCGGCCGGACCAUGGACCCCCAAACUUUUUUUUUUUUUUUUUGAAAAGGGACGGGAUGGACUUCUCCAGAGACGGGGGCCCACAUCCAUGCAGGGCAGCGGAUUUUUCUAGAAGAGUGCCCUUGCCAUUCCUGUCGAUGUGAAGUCGCCAUCAACCUGUAUUUUUCUAGAAACAGCGCAGUGGACUUUGGGGCACUGGACAGCACUGGGGAGGGCGAGCGCUGGCCUUGAUGGAACCUAACAAUGGACAGGGGGGUGGGGGCAUUUUUAUGAUCAGGGUGUUGAUUACAGUGCUGUAACACAAAGCUGUUCUAGGUGACUGUUUUUCCGUCGUGUGCCCCUAUCUGCCCCCCCAGUCACACCAGCUGACUAGUAGCUCACUUGGGCCGCAUCCCCCACCGGAAGACAGUGAUGACGUCUCUGGUGUUCUGGCAUUUUCCUCUUCUAAGCCCUGCUGCCGUCUCUCUCCUGCUAGUCGCUUCUGUUUGACUGUGGCAGUCAUCACAGUUCCUGGCUUCGCUAUUGGUCGGUGAUAUCAGGCCCCUCCCCCUGCAGUGAACUUACUUGGGCGCAGUGCCCAGCUCCAGGGGCAGCUCGACACCACAUGCCGGCUAGCAAACCGCUAAGCUUCUGUGAAACUCCGCCUCAUUCCGGCUGCGUUAACAUAGAUUAGCAAACCUAAUGCAAGGAUAACCAACUGUAUUCAAUAGAUACAUAUUUAACUUUUCAAAUGGAAUCUGCAGAUCAAUCUUAUACAGUUUUGCCCGGCUGUGUAUUAAGGCAUUUAGAUAGAAGCACAACCUUUCAUGGAGAAUCUUCCACUGGGGAAAUGGCUGCUUUUAUAUUCUGCAUCGCUUCAGAUAUACAGUCAAGCUGUGUGUGUGUGUGUGUGUGUGCACGCAUGCAAUGGUGUGUGUGAAUGCGUGUGCGUGCGUGAGUGUGUACAUGCAUGACAGUGUCUUACGAUAUAAGAGGAUAUUUCAGGACAGGGACUCCCACUGCGCUCCAGGGCAGGUAGCUGUGCUUUCGGCAUGCCGAUUCGUAGCAAAGCGGUGACCUCACAUUCACCCAUGUCUCUCCACCCACUUCCAUUGGCUGGUCACUUUUGAGAGAUUGAAUCCGAGCAUCUGACUCAUGACUGUUAUUGCGGGUGAUGCGAAGCUGCCUCACCCUGAAACUGUAUCUUCUUAAACUGUAAGGGGCUGCGAGGUCAGUGCUGGUAAUCCUUCUGAGUGCUAAUUUUUGACUUUGAUCACUUCGCUCCUUGAUGUUCACCGGUUCACCAGGACACAAUUGAAAUAGGAUCGUUAACCUGCGUCUCGCACCAUGGGCCGCUGGAUGAUUCUGUGACCGGGUUUGUCUUGUUCUGGUCCUUCCUCCGCCUUUACCUUCACUGUACUGGUGUGUAAAUGUAUGUUCGGCCUCCCAGCCCUUGAAGAGAAGGGAGAGCGACUGCCUUUGCUGCUUUGAAGCCAGUGUAGCCGUGUGCUCAUGGUUCAGCCAGGAGGGAGGAAUGGAGAAAGAGGCCCUAUAUGAAUUUCUGAAUAGUCCCAGGCCCUGCUUGUAGAUGUGGUCCAAAUAGGAUGGGUUCGAGUCAUGGGGGGUGUUCCGGACCUAGCCGGGGCGUGAGAAAAGCGAGGCAGCCACUGGCUUUGUAGCCAUACACGAGCACUUGGAGUGAUGCCUUCUCUCUUUCUCUCUCUCUCUCUCUCUCUCUCUCUCUCUUUCUUCCUUCUCUCUCUCGUACUGUGACCACAUGUACACGGCCUCUUAGGCCGCUGUGCUGAUGGAUCCUCAUUGAACAAUCAGGUCGAGGCGGCCGGUUGAUGAUCGGAGUCAUAAUGCGGAUUUCUAAAGACGCUCACUGCAGGCAUUCCACUAACAUUUUGUUCCAAAAGAGAAUUCCUGUUUGAUUUUUAUUAUUAUUUUUGAAAGAUGUUAACAGGUGGGUGUAAUAACUCGUGUGUGUGUGUGUAUGUGUGUAUGGUAGGAUGUAAUCACCAUGUGGUGACUCUCCUACUUAUGUAACUGGAAACUGUU